GACCUAUCAGAACGCCGACUGGUUUAGCGCGGGACUCCUUCUUUUGCUCUUAGCAAUUAAAGCUAUCAAGAAGCCGUCCAGUACUGAAACAUAACGAACUUGACGGAAGCCUAUUUACAAAAAAAGACACUUCAAUUAUAUAUCAAACAGCUCAUCGCCACUUCAAACACACUAGUCCUGUACACAAUCAAAUACUACAACCAGCAUAGAUAAUACAUUUUGGCUGCACGCGGGCACUAAGAGCGUCUUGGCGGCCUCGGCAUGGCGCCUGAGCACAUGCCACCGGUGUGAAGCCCGUCAGACGCGGGCGCGGAUGUGCCUACAGCUAAGGAUGCAUGGUGACAGGAAUCUCUUAAUAGCGAGCGUCGGAGAGGUGGACGAUUGACGACGGAAGGUCGGUGGCAGCCAAGGCGUUCGAGUGCAGGCCUGACACGAACCCCGGCGUCACAACAUGGGGUGCGGCGCGUCUUCGGAUUGCCUUCGGGCAAACACCAUCACGCCCGAGGAGACAGAGCUCAAGGGUCUGCUCAAGUCCAUCAAGGCCUCUCCCGCCGGGCCCUCCGCGCCGGCGCUGGGGCCCAUGCGGCUGAUCGGCCUCAAAGAGGCGCUGCCGCUGGGCUCGUUGCCGGACUGCAUCUGGGACCUGAACAAUGGGUUCGACAAGUCCAUCAAGGCCGUGCCCAUGCGGUUGCUGAGGAUUGACGCGCUGCUGGGGUGGCGCGACCUCAAGGUGUACGAGCACGUGACGCCCGAGGUGGAGGCGGUGGACCGGCCGUACGACACCGUGGGGGACGACGUGUGGGCACGAACCGUGGUGCUCAGCUGGAGGUGGGGCAUGCCCAAGCCCUCCAAGCUGGAGGAGGGCUUCAGCCCCAUGACUACGGAGCAGCUGCGGGAGCUGAGGGCGCAGCUGCAGGCGGCCAAGCGGGCCGGCAUCAUCUUCGUGUGGGUGGACUGGUGCUGUGUGCCGCAGUACAGCGGGGACACCAUGGUGGAGGUGCUGCGCUCCAAACUGUUCUUCGCACGGGCCCGCAUCAUGGUUGUCCUGCCCACCUUUGCGCCGCUGCCCGCUGGCGACGGCAUCGUGCGCGUGUGCCUGGCCAAGGCCGGGCGGGUGCUGGGCCGCCGCGCGGCGGAGGGCGGCGCGCGCGCGGCGGUGGCGGGCGCCGUACUGGACAACAUCGUGUGCCGCAACCUGGUGGCGGGGCUGGAGUACUUUGGGCGGGUGUGGACGCUGGCGGAGCGGCUGGCACGGUACGGGCGGCGCGAGCGGCUGUGCAACUGGUUGCCGCUGGAGACGUGGCUGGGCAUGGUUGUUGACGCCAUGCUCAAAUCCAACGACGACGCCAGCGCCUGGCAAAUUUACAAGAAGAUGCUGGGCGAGGAGGCCUCCCGGAAACUGGACUCCAUCCUGGGGCCGCUGUCCGAGGCGCUGCGUGUGGGCACGGUGCUAGUGGCGGAGGGCCUGGAGGACCACGUGGCGGACCUGGCGGAGAUGGCGGUCAGCCGCUGGCUCAGCGACGAGGGCGGAGCCAGCGGACUGCAGGAGGCUCCCAACAAGGCCUUCCUGCAGCAGUACCUGGGGCCGGAGAGCCGCUCGGGAGUGUACCAGGCCUUUGACGAGGCCGACCGUGUGUGGGCGGUGUACAGCUACUUCUGUUGGAAGCCGGUGGCGGCGGGGUCCAGCAAGGAGGCGGCGCUGAGGGGUGCGCUGGACGACCUGGUUCGUGCUGCGGGCGGCGACCCCGCCUCGCCCGCCUGCGAGUUCCGCAGCCAGGGCAUGUACGUGCAGCUGUGGCUGGAGAAGGACAAGCACGGCCUGACGCCGCUGCACAUGGCCGCGGGCCAGGGCCACCUGCAGCCGGUCAAGACGCUGCUGGCAGCCAAGAAGACACACAUCGACAGCCGGGACAAGGACGGGCGCACGCCGCUGCUGUGGGCCGCCUCCAACGGGCGGCAGGAGGUGGUGAACGUGCUGCUCAAGGCGGGGGCGGACCGGGAGGCCCGGGAGGGCAGCACGGGGGCCAGUCCGCUGCUGCUGGCGGCGGCACACGGGCACGGCGGCACAGCCACGGUGCUGCUGGAGGCGGGGGCGUCGGUGGGCGCCAAGGAUGCGGACGGGCGCUCCUCGCUGUGGCACGCGUGUGCGGGUGGGCACCUGGGGGUGGUCAAGGUGCUGCUCAACGCCAAGGCCAAGAAGGAGAGCCUGGACAAGAAUGGUGUGACGCCCCUCCUGGCUGCGGCCAUGAACGGCCACGCCGCAGUGGCGGAGGCGCUGUUGGCGCGCGGCGUCAACAAGGAGGCCCUGGACCCGUCGGGCCAGACGCCGCUGCUGGCUGCGGCGGCGGGCGGCCACGCGGCGGCGGUGUGUGUGCUGCUUGCGCACGGAGCCGACCCCGAAGUGCGCCGCAAGGACGGCAAAACGGCGAUGUUCUGUGCGGCGGCGGCGGGGGAUGUGGAGGUGGUGAGCGCGCUGGUGGAGGGCAGAGCCGCCGUGGACGUGGCGUGUGAGCGCCAGAUGACGCCGCUGUGUGCGGCGGCGCUGCACGGCCACGCCGCUGUGGCGCGGGUGCUGCUGUCCGCGGGCGCAGACAAGGACGCCGUCGCGGCAGACGAGCUGACACCGCUGUACGCGGCGAGCGGCAAAGGACACAUCGAGGUCGUCCGGGUGCUGCUGUCGGUCGGCGCCAACAAGCAGCCGAAGCGCAAGGACGGGCGGACGCCGCUGUACGCGGCGGCGCUGGGUGGCUACGGCGACUGUGUGAAGGCGCUGCUGGGGCUGCCCUCCAACACAGAUUUUGGCGGUCCGCUGCUGUACUACGGCGCUCGUGAGGGCGUCAUGGACGUACUGCAGGGGCAGCUGGCAGCCAAGGCCGAUAAGGAGGCGCGAGGCCGGGACGGCUUCACGCCACUGCUGGCGGCGGUGUGGGCCGGGCAGCUAGCCACCGCACAGGCGCUGCUGACGGCGGGGGCUGACAAGGAGGCGAAAACCAAUGACGGCCAAACGCCGCUGUGGCUCUCCUGCACCAAGGACCACGCGACUUGCGUGCGCGCUCUCAUUGCGGCCGGGGCUAACAAAGAGGCGCUGUGGGAUGGCCUGACGCCGCUGCUGUGGGCCGCCGGGAGCGGCAGUGUGGAGGUGCUGACGGCGCUCAUCAAGGCGGGCUGCAACAAGGAGGUCCGAGACAAGGAGGGCAAGACGCCGCUGCUGGUGGCGAGCCAGAAGGACAGGUCGGAGGUGGUGAAGGCGCUGCACCUGGCGGGGGCGGACGUGGAGGCCAAGGACAAGGGCAAUCGCUCCGCGCUGCACUGGGCCAGCACCCGCGGCUAUGUGCGGGUGGCGCAGGUGUUGCUGGCCAGCGCCAAGGCCAGCACCGAGUCGGUGGACAAGGAGGGCCUGACGCCGCUGUGGGCCGCCACCAAGAACAAACAGGUGGAGCUGCUGCACGUGCUGCUGGCGGCGGGGGCCAAGAAGGAGACCCGGAACGAGGAGGGCCAGACGCCUCUCAUGUGGGCCAGUGCCACCGGGGCGGCUGACGUGGCGGCGGUGCUCAUUGGCGCCAAGGCCGACCUGGAGGCAACCGACAAGACCGCCCGCACCCCCCUGCUGGCCGCCGGCGCCGCUCGACACGUGGGGGUGGUGGCGCAGCUGCUGAAGGCGGGGGCAAACAGGGAGGCGCGGGACCCGGAGGGCCGCACGCUGCUGUUCCUGUCGGCGGCCCGCGGCGAGGGCGAGGUGGUGCGGGCCAUGUUGGGCGUGAGGGCGGACGUGGAGGCUCGCAGCGCCAAGGACGCCUUCACGCCGCUCAUUGUGGCAGCGGGCGCGGGUCAUCUGGAGGUGGUGACAGACCUGCUGGCGGCAGGCGCAGACAAGAACGCGGCGUCAGCGGACGACACCACUCCGCUGUAUGCGGCCAGCGCCAACGGCCAUUUGGAGGUGGUGCGGGUGUUGCUGGCGGCUGACGCGGACCGCAGGCCCAAACGCCGGGACGGCCUGACGCCGGUGUACGCGGCCUCGCUGGGCGGCUACACCGAGGUGGUCAAGGCGCUGCUGAGGCUGGCGCCCGCGACACAGCUGGGCGGGCCGCUGCUGUACUGGGCGGCACGCGAGGGGCACAUCGAGGUGCUGAGGGGGCAGCUGGCGGCGCGGGCGGACCGGGAGGCGCGCGGCUUCGAGGACGGCCUGACGCCGCUGCUGGCAGCCGCGGCCAGAGGCCGGCUGAAGGCGGUGGUGGCGCUGCUGGCGGUGGGGGCGGACCGGGAGGCGCGAGACCCAGCGGAGGCGCGCACGCCGCUGCUGGUGGCGGCGGCGGAGGGGCACGUGGACAUUGUGAAGGCGCUGCUGGAGGCUGGCGCGAACAAGGAGGCCCGGGACAAGGGCGGCCUGACGGCGCUGCUGACCGCCGCCGCCGCCGGGCGCGGCAACGCCGUGGGCACCGUCAGUGCGCUGCUGUCGGCGGGGGCGGACGUGGAGGCCAAGGACAAGGGCUCGGGUCUGACCAGCCUGGCUCUGGCGGGCAUGCGCGACAACGCCGAGGUUAUGAAGGUGCUCAUCGCGGCGGGCGCGGACAAGGAGGCCAAGGACCAGGACGGCCGCACGCUGCUGGCGCUGGUGGCUGGCGGCGGCCGGCUGCAGGCGCUGCACUGCCUGGUGGCGGCGGGGGCGGACCUGCGGGCGCGCGACGGCGAGGGCCGCACACCGCUGGCGCUGGCGGGCGAGGCGGGGCAGCUGGAGGCGGUGCGGGCGCUGCUGCAGAGCGGUGCCGACACGGAGGCCAAGGACUCGCGGCUGCGCAACACGCCGCUGCUGGCCGCCGCCGCCGUGGGCAACCUGGAGCUCACAGAGCUGCUGCUGGCGGCGCGGGCGGACAGGGGGGCAAAGAACGCGGCCGGCAUGACGGCGCUGCACGUGGCCACCUCCAACGGCCACGUGGAGGUGGUCAAGGCGCUGCUGGGCGGCGGGGCGGACCUGGAGGGCCGCAACGAGGACGGCGAGCCGGCGCUGUUCCUGGCCUGCCGCCUGGGCCGACUGCCAGUGGUGAAGGCGCUGCUGGCGGCGGGAGCCAAGGUGGACGCCACGGGGGCGGACGGCUGCACCGGCCUGCACCACGCCGCGGCGUCGGGGCACAUGGACGUCGUCCGCACCCUGCUGGCGGCCGGCGCAAGGCAGGACGCCCGCGGCAAGGAUGGCAAAACGCCGCUGUACGCGGCGGCGUUGAUGGGCCACGACUCGGUGGUGAAGGUGUUGCUGCGAAUAAACGCAAACAUGGAGCUGGGCGGUCCGCUGCUGUACUGGGCGGCGCGGCAGGGCCAUGCUGACGUCAUCAGGGGCCAGCUGGCGGCGGCGGGCGUGGACAAGGAGGCGCGCGGCAAGGACGGGCUGACUCCGCUGCUGGCUGCCUGUGCGAACGGGCGGACGGAGGCGGCGCAGGCACUGCUGGCGGCGGGCGUGGAGAAGGAGGCCAAGGACAAGAACGGCCUGACUCCGCUGCUGGUGGCGGGCAUGGGCAACCACCUGGGGGCGGUGAAGGCGCUGCUGGAGGCGGGCGCAAACAAGGAGGCGCGCAACUCGCAAGGCCAGACGCUGCUGAUCUGGGCUGCUGGCGCGGGGCUGCACGAGCUGAUGAAGCUGCUGCUGACGGCGGGCGCGGCCAUGGACGCCACGACGUCGGACGGCCACACGGCGCUGUGGGUGGCGGGGCUCAACGGGCGGCUGGAGGCCGUGAAGGCGCUCAUCGGCGCGGGGGCCAACAGGGAGGCCGUGCUCAGCAAGAAUGGCCCCACGCUUCUGCACACGGGCGCGGCGCGGGGGCUGGUGGACCUGGUUCGAGUACUGCUGGCGUGCGGAGCCAACAAGGAGGCCGUGACGGCGGGCCACACCCCGCUGUGGACUGCGGGUGUGAACGACCAGCUGGAGGUCGCGAAGACGCUUCUCAAGAGCGGGGCGGAGAAGGAGGCCAGGGACAAGGAUGGUCAGACGCUGCUUCACUGGGCUUGCUCCAACGGCAAGACCACACUUGUGAAGGCGCUGCUGGACGCGGGCGCAAACAAGGAAGCACUAAACUCGUCUGCCAACACGCCGCUGUGGAGCGCCGGCCUCAAGGGGCACCUGGAUGUGGUGAAGCAGCUGGUGGCGGCGGGGGCAAACAUAGAGGCGGCGGGCGGCAAGAGCGGCAUGACCCUGCUUGUGUACGGCUGCUGGCGCGGCGAGCUCGCGCUGGUGAAGACGCUGCUGGGGCUGGGCGCAAACAAGGAGGCACGCGACAAGGAUGGAGACAACGCGCUGUGGCUUGCGGCCCAGUACGACCAACACGACGUCCUCAACGCGCUGCUGGCCGCCGGCGCCGACCCCUCCGCGACCAACCGCGACGGCGACUGCCUCACACACUGGGCGGCGGCGCGCGGCAACGUCACAGUGCUGGCGGCGCUGCUGGCGGCGGGCGCAAAGCCAGAGGCGCGCAACCCGCGCGGCCUGACGCCGCUGUGGUGUGCGGCGCUCAACGACAAGCCGGAGGCGGUGCGCGCACUCGUCCGCCACAAGGCCAAAGUGGAUGUGGUGCUGGAGGCGCCGCCCGCCGGCAGCAGCAGCAGCGGCGCCGCGGCGUCUGCGGCGGGCGGCGCCGUGGGCCAGACGCCGCUGUUCUGUGCGUGCGCCGCCGGCAAGCUGGCGCUCGUGAAGGCGCUCAUCGACGGCGGUGCGAACGUCAACUUUGCGCGCACGGAGGACGGCGUGACGGCGCUCAUGGUUGCGGCGGAGAAGGGACACGGCCGGGUGGCUGACGCGCUGCUGGCGGCGGGCGCCAACAGGGACGCAGUGGACCGCAGCGGACAGAGCGCCCGCACCAAGAGCGCGGCGUGGGUGAGGCUGUAACGUAGCAAGGCUGCGCAGCAGACAGGGCGGACGUGCGUGGCUCAGAUCCUCGCAAAGGAGGUCGGUUUGGAACUAUCGUGAUGCGGCAGCGUGCAUAACUGCGGUGCGUAGGGCUAGUGGUGCUAGCGGCACAGGGGCAGGUGAAGAUGCGCGGGCGGCGCGUGAACGCACGGGUACCGUAUUUUUCUCGCCAACUUGGUUGCAUAAGUUGCCGGUGGCGGCGCAAUGUGCAUUGCGCGUGUUUGUGACGGGGCAAGCCAAGGGGCAAGAGUUUGUAACUGCAAAUGCUGAUUGCGGAAUCAUCAGAUGCAUGCAGUGUACUGAUUGCGUCUGCACUGCCUCGUUCUGGCGCUGUUAGCUGUACCCUG